AUGCGCAAUUUAUCGACACUCGCGUGGCGAGUGUACGAUGCGCCAACGAAGCCGUGGCACGGCGUCGUGGCAGACACGGAGGGAGAUGACUCUGUGUAUGUCAUGCGGGUAGAGAGGCGCGACGGUGUAUCGCAGCUUACGUUGGCACAUAUCACGCCAACUGGCACAGAAGAACUCGCCGUUUUGGAGGUGGCGUCCGCCCCGCCUCAUGUGCCCGACGUCGCAGAUUUCCGCCUGCUUGCCGAUGGAGGAUCGAGCGUGAAUCAUAUGCCGGCUAUUUGUGUGAUUGGAAGCGGUGGUGAUAUCGUGUUGAUGCCUGUGGACGAAGAGGCCAGUGCACCUGCCGAGGUGGUGGGCUCUGUGGACCAGGGCAUCUUGGCGGCGGCAUGGAGUCCUGAAGAAGACGUGCUCGUGCUCAUUACAGGCGGUGAAAAGCGGCUCAUCGUGAUGACGCGUGAAUUCGAGGUCAUGAGCGAGACCAUGUUGUCUACCGAAGCGUUCGGUGAUGAUCAGCCUGUGAACGUCGGCUGGGGCUCCAAGUCGACGCAAUUUCACGGAUCAGAGGGCAAGCAAGCCGCUAUGGCUGCUGCGAAUGCACCUGAGGAAAGCGAUCCCCGUGGUCCGCUUGUGCCGGAGGACGAUGGCCUUCCCCGCAUUUCAUGGCGUGGCGACGGCGCCUUUUUCGUCACGUCCAGUGCCGAGGCGUCCCAUGAUACCGUGCACCGCAUUCUUCGCACUUACACACGCACAGGCACGCUGAGUGCCACGUCGGAUCGAAGCGUGCGUGGCAUCUCGCACGUCCUGGCGUGUCGUCCUACCGGCAACUUGAUCGCGACGACGCAGCGCAUGGGCGGGCCAUGGGCGCCAGGUCGGCACGGGCGGCACGACGUGGUCUUUUUCGAGCGCAAUGGACUCCGUCACGGUGAGUUCUCGUUGCGCGAGGAACAUGGCAGUGUGCCCGACGUACCUGGUGUGUCGGCAGAGCCACUGCCCCCUUGGUCAUGCGAGCACCAGAUCCGCCUCGUAUCGUGGAAUGCGGAUGGCUCCGUCUUGGCAGUGGUGUUGCAGCGCGCUGGCCUGCAUGUGCUGCAGCUGUGGACGAGUGGUAACUACCAUUGGUACUUGAAGCACGAAUCUACGUACGAGCAUCUGCAUGCGAUGACAUGGCACCCGGAGCAGCCCCUUACGUGGUACGUGUCGCAUGCGCGCGUCGAAAAAAGAACCAUGUGCCUGGAGACUGCCUGCUCCCGUGGCAUGCCGCCGCAUGAUGCCGCGUGCGCCUCGGUCGUGGACGGCCACAUGCUGUACCUGACGCCGUUCCGCCUGCAAAAUGUACCGCCACCUAUGUGUGCCGUGGCGAUCGUCGACACGCCGCAGCACACAGUCCCGCAUGUACCGCCAGCGACGCCUGUGCAUGUGGCAUGGACCACACAGUCCGUGGAGGACCAAACAACCGACAUCGUCGCGAUCCUGUACCCUGAUGCUAGUGUUCACAUAUGGAGCAUUGCGUACGGCCCUCUUGGCGCCGCCCAUCCACGCCCACGCCCGCCGCUGAAGCCUCAGCGUGUAGCGACAUAUACGCGCCCUGAUGCGUCACAUGCGUAUCAAGUGGCUGUCACGCUGUGCGACCACGUCCCUCGUGUGGCUGUGCUGUGCAUGGAGGGCGAAAAUACGGCCCUGUGGACGCAAUGCGGCUCUGAUACCUCGUAUCAGCUGCUCGACGGCCAGGGCCCGUGGCGCUUAGUGUCUGUGCCCAACUCGACCUCGUUCGCCUUGCACGAUCACCGCGGUGAUGUCACCCUAUUUUCACCGACGCUCAAGCCGACGCCACUUGAUCCACUGCUGUCCUUCUGCCCCACGUUGCACAUACUCCCCGCAGAACAUGAGGGAACGUGGCAGGCGAUCGGCCUCACAUCUGAUGGUCGCCUCCUCGCACCCCAUCGUGUGCUGGCGAAAGAUGCCACCUCGUUCACAUGCACGGACCAUUUGCUGAUUUGGACGACGCACGCGCACGAGGCCAUGUUUGUGCCGCUCACAUGCCUCACAACCACGCCGCAGGUCUCGCAGCUGAGCCGCCGUGUUGAGCGGGGUAGUCGUAUUGUGACAGCGGUGCCCAGUGCCAUGUCGCUCGUUUUGCAAAUGCCGCGAGGCAAUUUGGAGACAACGUACCCGCGGCCUAUGGUGCUCGAUGUGAUUCGCGAUAGGCUGGAUCGCCUGGCGUUUGGUGAGGCUCUGCGUGUGAGUCGCGCGCACCGUGUCGACCUCAACUUGCUGCACGACCACUGCCCUACGGCCUUUUUGGAGCGUGUGCCAGAGAUUUUGGCGCAAAUUCACCAUGUCGACCACAUCAACUUGCUCUUGUCCAAUUUGCGAAACGAAGACGUAACGCAGUCGCUGUACCGCCCGUGGGAUGCGAGCACUCGUGCACCCAUGGCGCAUCUCGAUACGAAGGUGAAUCAGAUCUGUGAUCGGUUCCUCGAGGCUAUGCAGGCGGCAGAUGAGCGCUACUAUCUGUCGUCCAUUCUCACAGCGCACGUACGCAAAGUGCCUGCGGACUACGAAAGUGGACUGCGCGUACUGCUCAAAUACAUGCACACGGACAUGGCUCUCGCUGAAGAGGCGUGUAAGUACAUCAUUUUCCUCGUCAAUGCCGAUCAACUGUACCAUGUCGCCUUGGGCAUGUACGACUUUGAGCUGGCCCUGCUGAUCGCCCAACAGUCUCCGCGUGAUCCGCGAGAGUAUGUGCCAUUCCUGCGCGAGAUGCGUGCGAAGGAGCCGCUAGCGUACCAACGCUUUUGUAUGGACGAUUACUUAGGUCGCCAUGCCAAGGCACUCGCCUGGCUCGCCCAAGCUGGCAGUGAGCACACCGAAGCAGCUAUGUCGUACAUGGUCCAGCACAAGCUCUUUCGCGAAGGUCUUGUGGCAUGGGCCAAGGAUCCCGUAUUGCUGGCUGACGCAUAUGGCCGCUUCGCCGACUACCUCAGCUCACAUCAACGCCCAGCCGAAGCUGCGACUGCGUACGAGCUGGCCGGUCGUAUAGACGAGGCCUUGAACGCACACAAAGAAGCAGACCAGUGGCAGCGGGCCUUGACGCUGGCACUUGAACAGCGCAUGUCGGCGCAGGCUCUACUGCACUUGACGCGGGAGCUUGCUGAUCAGCUCGAGGAGCAGCACAAGUUCGAGCAGGCCGCACGUGUCCUACUUCGUAUACCCGACUUGGAGCGGGCCGUUGACCUGCUGUGCCGUGCGAACGCGUUUGUCGAUGCGCAGUAUGAAUGUGCGGUGCAUGCACGCUGGGAUCUGGUGGAAACGCAUGUGGCACCUGCGACUCUUGAGGCCCACAGCUCGCUGAUCGACGAGGCAGACGAAAUCGAAGAGCAGCUGUCCAAACAGGUCGCCCGCCUCUUUGAGCUAGACGCGAAGCGCACACACGAUCCAGCCGCCUUCUAUGUCGAAGACGAUCUACCCGGCAUGGACAAUAUCGAUGUCAUGAGCGACAUGUCGCAAGUGACACAGUUCACUCGGUACACUACCGCUACGAGUGUGGCGCCGUCCAUGUCGACCCUCUCACUUGGAUCCAAGUCGCGGCAGCGUGCCAAGGCCAAGAAGGAGGAAAAGAAAAAGAAUGCUGGCAAGAAAGGCAGCAUCUACGAAGAGGGAUACCUCCACGAAUCCCUGCAAAAACUCCUUCAUACACGUCUUGGCACUUUGCAGCAAGACACCAAGCGGCUGCUGCCCCUGCUUGUCACGCUGGGUGAAAAGCAUCGCAACGCAGCGCAGCGACUCCAAGACCGCUUACUUGCGCUUGAAGCGCAUGCGCACAAGGCCGUCGCUGACCUCACAGAGCGACACGCGCGCCAGGUCCAAGAGCGUGCCGAAAUGGCGCAGACACUCGCGACGCAAGUCACACAGCUCGCACAUGCGCCUGGUGCGCAGGCGGAAGCAGCUAGCGCCGUGCUCGCAACGGUGUGGCGCUGGCGGCACAUGCAGGAACCGCCCAAGGCCGUGCCGAGGGUAUCGAACGAGGCUUGGAAACUGCAUUUCCUCGAACGUGCCUAA